AUACGGAUAGCAUUGACACAGCCUGAUUGGUUUCCGAACAAAAGCCAGAAAACCUUACAUGGCUGGUAGCAUAAUAGGCAGUUUUAUAUUACCCACGUUUCAGUAUGUAUUGAUUAUAAGUGUCACAGUUAAAGUAUCCAGCUAUAGCUAUGAAUAAAUCCAAGAAAGCUAUCGGACUUUUUGUAGUUGGAACACUGAUGGUAGUUUUUGGAAUUGUUCUUCGAUUCGUUGGACCAAUCAUUAUUCACGACCAGAUAGUAAAGAACAUAGUGAUAGAUCCUAAGAAUGAAAUGUCCUACACCCUGUGGAAGGAUGUCCCUGUCCCCUUAUUCAUGUCGGUCAACUUCUUCAACAUCCUCAACCCCAUCGAAGUCCUGGCAGGGGGGAAACCCAUGGUAGAGCAGAGAGGACCCUAUGUGUACAGGAAGCGGAUUCAGAAGCAGAACAUUACAUUUCACCCCAACGACACAGUGUCAUAUCUGGAAUACAGGAGGUACUUCUUUGAGCCCAGCAUGUCAGUGGGCAACGAGUCGGAUGUGGUCACCAUCCCCAACAUGUUGGUGCUGGGAGCAGCAGUGAUGAUGGAGAACAUGCCUUAUGCCGUGCGUCUGAUGGUCAGUGCCACUUUUAAGACCUUUAAGGAGGGACCCUUCCUCACCAAGUCUGUUGGAGAGUUGAUGUGGGGCUAUGACAGCAAGCUGGUGGACUUCCUCAAUAAAUGGUUCCCUGGUAUGCUGCCCUUUACCGGCAACUUUGGCAUCUUCUCUGAGUUCAACAACUCCAACACUGGCCUGUUCACUGUCCACACUGGGAAAGAUGACAUCAGGCUGAUUUACAAAGUGGACUCAUGGAAUGGCCUGUCCAAGUUGACUAAUUGGAGGACUCCUCAGUGUAACAUGAUCAAUGGUACAGCGGGACAAAUGUGGCCUCCUUUCAUGACCAAACAGUCAACACUGCCCUUCUACAGUCCUGACGCCUGCAGGUCAUUAGAACUGAUAUACCAACGUGAGGGAAUAAUGGCGGGAAUUCCUCUCUAUCGUUACGUGGCUCCUAAGACUAUGUUUGCCAACGGCUCAGACUACGCGCCAAACGAGGGCUUCUGUCCUUGUAGACAGUCUGGCCUUCUCAACAUCAGCAGCUGCAAAUUCAACGCCCCCUUGUUCAUCUCCCACCCUCACUUCUACAACGCUGACCCUGUGCUGCUGGACUAUGUACUGGGACUCCACCCUACCGAAGAUCAACAUGGACUCUUCAUGGACAUCCACCCUAUGACAGGAGUACCUCUGAAUGUGUCUAUCCGUCUGCAACUCAACCUGUACAUGAAGAGUGUUUCUGGAGUUGGGGAAACCGGGAAGAUCUCUGAGGUGGUGAUGCCCAUGAUCUGGUUUGAGGAGAGUGGGUAUAUUGACGGUGAAAUCCUGACAACGUUCCACACUAACCUGGUGGUAUUGCCGAUGGUGAUGGAGUACGUGCAAUACUGUUUCAUAGGACUGGGCUUGGCCUCCAUACUGGCUGCUCUACUGGUGUACCACAGUGGGAAGAUAAGAUGCGAGAGCAGUGCUAUACUGACCGAUACAGACAGAAGCAUUUCACCUGGCGAACAAACCCCUCUUUUACAGGACCAUACGCAAUAAAACACACAGAAAUGGAGAGACUGGGAGAGUUUUCUAGACCACUGGAAACCCCCAAAACACUGACUGACAAUUCUCUCUAUAUAUGUCCAGACAUAUUUCGACAGUGAAUUAAGUUUUGUUGUUUUGGCACUUUUUCAGACACUUUGGCUUUGAAAUUAUUCAUGAUUGGGUUACAGACAAUUUAUACGGUAUUUCAAUCCAAAUUGGAUAAAGCAUUUGAAAAGAGCAGCCUCUUCUUAAUAUAGUCCCCCUAUUUAAGGGAACCAAAAGUAUUAAGAAUUUAGAAUAUGCUACAAUCCCCACUGAAGGCAGGUGCCAGAUUAGAAAAGGCAACAAAGGCUAUGACUUGCAGAGUUAUUUAUAUUCUGGCCCACAGAAUAUUAGCUCAGAAAACAUUGCUGAUCCCUGUCCUACUACUUAGGCCAAAGAGGAGCAAAUAGGCUAGUUUAAAUUAACUGUCCAGUGUCACCAGUUUGCUAGAGGACAAAUAUAUGGAACAUUUCUGGGAUUAACACUUUACUUGUCAAAUGUCAAAAUAAAACGUUGCAUUUAUAUUUUUUUAUGUAGUAGACUAGCCUAUGAUCUAUGGGCCUAGUAGAGUAAUCAUAACCAAAGGUGCCGGUGCUCAGCUGUGCCUACCACUGGUUUGGAACAUAAGUUCUGGUGCCCAGGCCUAUUUAAACCUCUAUAUAUAACCCAUUGUGCAAUAUGGUUGUGAGGUUUGGCAUCACUUAAAAACCUGGAACCCAACAUAGGAAAAACACCAGAUUGAGACUUUGCAAGCAGAAUUAGUAUCUUCAAGGUACAUUGCAAAUCCAAGAAUAAUGACUACAGAAAUAAAUUAGGAUUCUAUCAACAAAUGAUCAAAAUCCAGAAAAUAAUUGUUCAUUUCACAACCACCAAAAGUGUAGUUGGCAUGCUUGCUUAAGUGGUUACAUACACACACUGGAAUGUGAAAGGUCUGAACCACUCAGUUAGGAGAGGUAAAGUCCACUUUCCAGUACCAGUACUUUAUAAAAUGUUGGUAAAGAUUAGCAUUGAAGGGCAAUUUUAUUUUAAAAUAAUAUUUUCAGAUUUGUAAUACCUUCUAAAAAUGCAAAUUGCGUUUAUAAAUGAUCCACGGUAUGAAUAUAAUAACACAAACGAUUAACGAUUAGAGAGUAAGGGAAAAUACUAAUAAAAACCUUGGGCAUAACAAACAUUGCAAACUUAACUAAUAUUUCUGUGUAUAAUUGUAUUGCCAUUUGUUGUUCCUCGCAUCAUAUCCAAUUCGAAAUGUCUUCAUCAUUUAAAAAUGUUUUGUAGUGUAAUGUUUACACUGAGGUUAAGUAUGCUGCCUUUUUUGUCUGUUUUAGUCUGGUCCACUAGAUGGCAGUAGAGUGAAGCAGAUGCCUGCUGUUGAGGAACUGAACCACACCUCAUUCCCCACUUCUUCCUCAGUCC